AGGAUUUGGGCAGUAUCACGCAUAAUAGGCUAAGAUACUAAGCACACUACUGAGAGCUGCAGGACACUGAAGAUUCAUGCUCCCUUUGGAGCUGCUGGGAGGAGCUUCAUUGCCGAGAGCUGAGGGAGGUGUGUGCUGCCUCAGCUAAUCAAGGCCAAUCGCACACUGAACUGCUCCUGGUUCCCUUUCGGAGCUGUACAGAGAGCUCCUGGGCGGAGCGGACGCAGGAUUCUUCAGGGUUUGCUGUUCUGGCAGAACACCAGCUUCAAGACUAAUCGAGAAGCGCGUGCCAAGACUCCGGUGUUCUCAGUCUCCGCCCAUAAAUAAACCAAACCACGCCCCUUACAGAUCACUCUCUUUUCACGUGCGCGUUAACUGCAAAGCCCCGCUUUCCCGUCCAAUCAGAAGUCUCAUUUCCGGCAUUUGGGCGUGGCGUAGCGCAGAGCACACAGAUCUUCGGCUUGUAACGUGCUGGGCGUGGCGCAGGCAGCGCUGGGCGGAACCACUAAGAAUGUGGGACAGGAGGAGGUAGGCGCGGUCACGUCUUCUCAGUCCUCCACUACACAUAGGAAGCUCCUUCAUUCCUCAGAGGGCAGAGCUGUGGCCAGGCCUGAGUCAGGAUUACGCACACAAGAGGCAAAAUUGAGACCCCAGAAGUUACCAUGUCUGCUGCUAGCUGGAAGCCAUUUAUAUAUGGAGGCCUGGCCUCGAUUACGGCUGAAUGUGGUACUUUUCCCAUAGACUUAACCAAAACACGACUCCAGGUCCAGGGGCAAGCUAAUGAUGCAAAAUACAAAGAAAUUCGCUAUCGAGGAAUGGUCCAUGCACUUGUAAGAAUAUGCAGAGAAGAGGGGAUGACGGCAUUAUAUUCUGGGAUUGCACCAGCAAUGCUUCGCCAGGCAUCAUACGGUACUAUAAAAAUUGGAACGUAUCAGAGCUUGAAGAGGUUAUUUGUUGAUCGUCCAGAAGAUGAGACGUUGGUUCUCAAUGUAUUUUGUGGGGUGUUGUCUGGAGUAUUUUCCUCUUGCAUCGCCAACCCCACUGAUGUCCUUAAGAUAAGGAUGCAGGCACAGGGCAGUGUUAUGCAAGGGGGAAUGAUUGGGAACUUCAUCAAUAUUUACCAGCAGGAAGGCACCCGAGGCCUGUGGAAGGGGGUAUCACUGACUGCCCAGAGAGCUGCUAUUGUAGUGGGAGUGGAGCUGCCGGUCUAUGACAUUACCAAGAAACACUUGAUCCUAUCUGGAUUGAUGGGUGACACAAUCUAUACACAUUUUCUGUCAAGUUUUACUUGCGGAUUGGCGGGAGCACUGGCAUCAAAUCCAGUUGAUGUGGUCAGAACACGGAUGAUGAACCAAAGGACAAUGAGUGAGAUGUCGGGCUACAAGGGCACCCUGGACUGUUUACUGCAGACCUGGAAAAACGAAGGCUUUUUUGCACUGUACAAAGGAUUUUGGCCAAACUGGUUAAGACUGGGACCUUGGAAUAUAAUUUUCUUUAUAACCUAUGAACAGCUGAAGAAACUAAACCUCUGAUGUGUGAUCCAUGCAGCCAAGUCUAUCAAUGCCAGGAACCUUCUUGAAUUUCAGAAUGAUGCGCUCAAAACUCUAUUCAUGAUAUCACGGAGGGAAGCGGUGAAUGUAUGAAGACAUGACACUUUUUUGGAGAGGGGGUAGCCAAACAUCCAAACUUCUUCAGAAAUAUAGUGCAUGGAUUGCGACUGGAACAUGUACUUUAAAUUAGGAUUCCUGGGGCUCAAGACGUCUAAAAUGAUUUAUUUUAAGUAUUCUCCUUGUUCAUCUAAAAGGCCUCCCAAAAUGUAUAUUUUUAUACCUGUUAAGCGGUACAUUGCUUCUACAUUUCAGGUUAUUUUCCCAGAUUCCUGUAGAGAGAGGUAAAAGCUUCAUCCAGCAUCAAAAAGUUUCAAAUUACUAUCGAUAUACAGGACCAUUGAAAACAGCCAACUUUUUCAAUUUGACAGUAUAGUUGGGAUGAGCUCUGUUUGUGUAUAGGGAAUAGUAUUAAAGGGGUACUGCAGCGAAAAGUAACAGGAUAGGAGAUGAGUGUCAGAUCGCUGGGGGUCCAACCGCUCUCCUGAACAAGCCCCAGCUCUCUGCUGGGGUCGGCACGCACUCCAUUUAUUUCUAUGGGAGCACUGGAGAUGUCAGACUAAAGCACUCUGGUCUCUUCGGUUCUCCCUUAGAGCAGUGUUUCCCAACAGGGUGCCUCAAGCGGUUGCAAAACUACAACUCCCAGCAUGCCCGGACAGCCGAAGGCUGUCCGGGCAUGCUGGGAGUUGUAGUUUUGAAGCAGCUGGAGGUACCCUGGUUGGGAAACACUGCCUUAGAGAAUGAAUGGGGAGCAUGCUGACCCCAGCACACACUCCUUUCAAAGAGCCAGGGCCCAUUCAGGAGAUCCCGGGGUCCCAGCAGUCAAACCCCUGCGAUCUGACACCUAUCCCUUUCAUUACUUUUCGUUGUAGUACCCCCUUAAAGGGGUACUCCAGUGAAAAACAAUUUUUUUUUAAAUCAACUGGUGCCAG